AUGUUUUUGAAUAUUCUCAAGCUUACUCCCUUGGGAGGGGGUCCAGCUCCACUAUUAAAGAAUCAAAUUGUGAGGCAGUGCUAUAGCUUAAUGUUUCUGAAUAUAUUUAUUGCUAUCUGGAGCAUCUCUUCAAUAUUAUAUAGCAAAUUCACGAAUGCGAAUUUUGGAUCCGAAAUCUCAACCUACUUUUUCAUUGUGUUUCUGAUUGGAAGUGUUAAUUCAAUUUUCUUCUCAAAGCUUGGAUCUCUAAGAUAUUGUAGUGAUUUAGAGUGGUCUAACAGGCUUAUUUUAAUACUUAUUAUUAAUCUUGUCCAAUAUGGAGCCAUUCUAUGGGGAUGCUGGAUUUCAUACAAAGUAUUUAUGUCAAGAUACCUUGCUGGUACCAAAAUGUACUAUUACUUUAUAUUUUCAAGAUGGAUGUAUAAUACUUUGUUUGGCAUGACUGCUUUUUUUUCAUUCUCCGAUCUUAUUAGAAAGAUUAGGGAUAAUGGAAAGGAGAAUCUUAAUCAGAAUACUCAGAAAAGUGUUUCCACUAUUGAAUCUAGUUCCAAAGAGUAUAUUAAACUUGGUACUAUAAAGCCUAAUAUAUAUGGAGAAAUCAGACCAAUUUCCUCGCAAUUCCCCACUAUAUACUGUAUUCAAAAUUGGAUUACUUUAGAACAGGAAAAGAUACUACUGGAAAACAUUUCAAGAUCUUCGUUCUUAAAUGUCAAAUUAAACGGGAGGCAAACUCAAGUAUGGGGAGGGACGGUCUCCGAAUCUGGAAUUGUUAAUCAAAAAGAUCUACCAGAAUGGUUAAAAUCCAUCUCCCAAUCUUUUGUAGAUUUUAAUAUAUUCUCUAAAGAAACCACUCCAAACCACGUGCUAAUAAACCAAUAUGAGCAAUAUAAGGGAAUCCUUCCACAUAAAGAUGGCCCCCUUUAUUUCCCAAAGGUUGCAAUCAUUUCAUUAGAAUCCGAUACCCUGUUCGAUUUUUGGAAUCCCUCCCUUGAUAUCCAGGAAAACAAACUCCCCAUAUUCUCCCUAAUUGUUCCUAGACUUAGUCUACUAGUUUUCCAAGAUACAUGUUACACUCAACUUCUACAUGGAAUUUCAUCUAGACACCAAGAUCAUCUAAAAAAUUAUAAUAUUAUGAAUCUAAAUGACUUCCCUCAACUAGGCCCCGAUUCAAUUAUAAAAAGGGGAUUUAGGACAAGUUUAACCUUUAGGUUUGUGAAAACCUGCAGCUAA